CGAGGACGCGCAGUUCCGGCGGGGCGCGCGCCCGGCACGAGCGGCUAGCUCCCGGAAGGAGGCGGGGCUGCCUCGCCAGCCCUUUCCUUAAAUCGGCGAGCUGGGCCCGCGCGCCGCCGAGGCACCUCAGCCGAGCGCCGAGCGCUCGAUCACUCUCGCUCCCGCAGCCUACGGUCAGCUCACGGGUGGCUCCACCCGCCUUUGUAGGCCAGUAAUCCGAUAUGGAGCAUGCCAUUACCCCGUUGGAACCCCUGCUUCCCACUGGGAAUUUGAGAUACUGCCUUGUGAUUUUGAAUCAGCCUUUGGACAAGUGUUUUCGUCAUCUUUGGCACAAAGCUCUUUUUAAAGCCUGUGCGGAUGGAGGUGCCAACCGCUUAUACGACAUCACGGAAGGAGAGAGGGAGAGCUUUUUGCCUGAAUUCGUCAAUGGCGACUUUGAUUCUAUUAGGCCUGAUGUGAGAGAAUACUACGCUACUAAGGGAUGUGAAUUUAUUUCAACUCCUGAUCAAGACCAUACUGACUUUACCAAGUGCCUUGAAGUGCUCCAAAAGAAGCUAGAAGAAAAAGACCUACAGGUAGAUAUGAUUGUGACAUUGGGAGGACUUGCUGGGCGUUUUGACCAGAUUAUGGCAUCUGUGAGCACCUUGUUCCAAGCAACUCGUAUCACGCCAUUGCCAAUUAUAAUAAUCCAAGAGGAAUCUCUCAUCUACCUGCUCCAACCAGGAAAACACAAAUUGCAUGUAGAUACUGGAAUGGAAGGUGAUUGGUGCGGCCUUAUUCCUGUUGGAGAGCCAUGCAGUCGGGUUACAACAACAGGCCUGAAGUGGAACCUCACAAAUCACACGCUUAGUUUUGGAACACUGGUCAGUACUUCCAAUACCUACGAUGGAUCUGGUGUUGUGACUGUGGAAACGGACCGUCCCCUCCUCUGGACCAUGGCUAUCAAAAACUGACCCACUGACUAACACCCAAAGCUGUGCCUCUGACUUACCUCAUUUGCCAACAACUUCUUGCUCAACAAGAACAGUUUACCUUGGGUGGCAGGAAUCUAAACCUGUCACCGGGAAGCCCACUAGUUUUAAAGGUGUUAAUGUUUGGAUGAUCCAUGUAACAUACAUGACAGAUCUCAGUUUCACAGUGGGGAAGAAAUCAUUAUUUGUUAAGAAAAUAAAGUAGCUCUGUUAUAUUCA